CCGCGACACAGCUGCCAUCUUCAACCAUAACACCUCCGCUGCGCCCGACACCAUCUGAUUAUUCGCGCUGUACAUUUCUGUUUCUAACUUUUGUUUCUGUUAUAUAUCCAAUUGCCUGUUCGCCUCUUUUGCAUUACAUUGAAUGAACCCUCGUCAUGCCUGAAGCUGUCGCUAUGCCCCAAAAGCGGGUUCUGGGAGACGCAACGAAUAAUGCGCAAACCGUCGUGAACUCCCCCAGCUCGCUUAAGAAGCGGAAAUUGGACGCCGGUCCUCCUGUGAAGCUCAACUCGUCGCAGAACACCCAACGAAAAGUCCCUGGAUCAAGCCGGCCGCAGAAGAGCCAGUUCGAAGAGGAAGUCUUGGAAAAGUUGACCCAAGACAUAAGUGGACUCAAAAACAACAACUCGGAGAAGGAUCAGCAAUGGGAACGACCGCCUCUGGGUGAAUUUGACCCGACGAAGGAAAAUGUCUGCUUCCAGCAGAUUGACGCUGAAGAGGGGACCGUUGCAGGAGGAAAGACUGCCGUUCGGCUUUUUGGUGUCACCGAGGCCGGUCAAUCGGUUUUGCUUCAUGUCACGGGUUUCCAACACUACCUCUACAUCGCCGCGCCGGUGAAUUUCACGAAAGACGACUGCGAGCCUUAUCGAACUUUCCUGGAGAACAAACUCGGCCAAUUUCAACCAACGAUACAGUCAGUUCAAAUCACAAUGAGGGAGAAUAUUUACGGGUUUCAAGGAAAUCAAAAGAGCUGGUACCUGAAGAUCACAGUCACAGACCCGAAGUAUAUCAGCAAAGUUCGAAGCGCUCUCGAAAACAAUCUUUCCACUUUCAAUUACAAAGGGCUAUGGAACAACUCCGACACCGGUCUCCUUACGUUCGAUAAUAUCCAGUAUCUUCUCCGAUUUAUGAUUGAUACAGAUAUCGCCGGCAUGGCGUGGGUCGAGGCGAAGGCAGGGAAGUACCGCCUCUUUGCUCCUCACGAGAAGAUGUCAAAUUGCCAAAUCGAAGCAAGCGUGGACUACCGUGAUCUGAUUUCCCAUCCGCCUAAUGGAGAGUGGGCCAAAAUGGCACCGCUACGUGUUCUGUCUUUCGAUAUCGAGUGCGCCGGACGGAAGGGCAUAUUCCCGGAGCCGAACCAAGAUCCUGUCAUUCAAAUCGCCAACGUCGUCACCCGCUACGGAGAAUCGAAGCCCUUCAUUCGAAAUGUUUUUGUCUUGGAUACGUGCAGCCUGAUUGUCAAUACGCAAGUUCUCGAGUUUGAGAAGGAAGAAAAGAUGCUUAUGGCAUGGCGUGACUUUGUCGAAAAAGUUGACCCUGACGUGAUAAUCGGUUACAACAUUGCCAACUUUGAUUUUCCCUAUCUUCUCGACCGAGCGAAGCAUUUGAAAUGCUCCGGAUUCUCCUACUGGACGAGGUUGAACGGGGUUCAAUCGCAAGCCAAAGAGACCAACUUCUCCAGCAAGCAGAUGGGCAACCGAGAUACAAAGUCCACAAACACGAACGGACGAAUCCAACUGGAUCUUCUUCAACUGGUUCAAAGGGACCACCACCUGCGAAGCUACACACUGAACUCUGUUUCUUACGAGUUUCUCGGAGAGCAGAAGGAAGAUGUGCACCAUACUAUGAUCACUGAACUAUUCAAUGGAACGCCAGAUUCGCGGCGGCGUUUAGCAGUGUAUUGUUUGAAAGAUGCAUACCUUCCACAACGUCUCAUGGACAAGCUCAUGUGUCUCGUCAACUACACUGAGAUGGCCAGGGUCACGGGUGUUCCAUUCAACUUCCUGCUAUCACGUGGUCAGCAAGUCAAAUUCAUCAGUCAAUUGUUUCGCAAGGCUCUGGAACAGCAGCUUGUUAUACCAAACACCAAGUCGACGGACGAGCAAGACUAUGAAGGUGCCACGGUCAUCGAGCCGGUACGUGGCUACUAUGGCGUGCCUAUUGCCACCCUUGAUUUCGCAUCCCUGUAUCCCUCCAUCAUCCAGGCGCAUAAUUUGUGCUACACAACUCUGUUGAACAAGAACAGUGUCGAAAAACUUGGACUAAAAAAGGACGAUGAUUACAUUGUGACUCCAAAUGGCGAUAUGUUUUGCACGGCCAAAGUACGGAAGGGCCUACUGUCGCAGAUUCUCGAGGAACUUCUGACGGCAAGAAAGAAGGCAAAGAAAGAGCUAGGAAUAGAGACCGACCCGUUCAAAAAGGCCGUGUUGAACGGUCGACAGCUUGCUCUGAAGGUUAGCGCUAACAGUGUCUACGGUCUUACCGGUGCGACAGUCGGAAAACUGCCGUGUCUUCCCAUCGCCAGUAGCACGACUAGUUAUGGGCGUCAGAUGAUCGAAAAGACCAAGCAGGAAGUGGAGGCGAAAUACACCAUCGCCAAUGGUUAUUCCCAUGAUGCAAAAGUCAUUUACGGUGACACGGAUUCGGUCAUGGUGAAGUUCGGAGUGGCCGAGCUGGAAGAGGCCAUGAAACUCGGCCAAGAGGCUUCGGAAUUCGUUUCUUCGAAAUUUAUCAAGCCGAUCAAACUCGAAUUCGAGAAAGUCUACUUCCCCUACCUCUUGAUCAACAAAAAGAGAUAUGCAGGACUUUACUGGACAAACCCCAAGAAACACGAUAAGAUGGACACCAAGGGUAUCGAGACCGUGCGCCGAGACAAUUGCUUGCUUGUCCAAAACGUCAUCGAAACAGUCUUGAACAAGAUUCUGAUCGACCGAGAUAUCGAUGGCGCCCAAGAGUAUGUGAAGGAGACGAUAUCCGACCUGUUGCAGAACAAGGUCGAUAUGUCGAAACUGGUCAUUACCAAAGCUCUUUCUAAGUCGGAUUAUACGGCCAAGCAAGCUCACGUUGAGCUCGCCGAGCGAAUGCGAAAGCGUGACGCAGGUUCUGCGCCCACUCUUGGUGACCGUGUCGCGUAUGUCAUUGUCAAAGGCGCGGGCGGCUCGAAGAACUACGAGAAAUCCGAGGAUCCGAUUUAUGUGCUGGAAAACAACAUUCCUAUCGACACGAAGUACUAUCUUGACAACCAACUGGCAAACCCACUUGGCCGUAUUUUCGAGCCCAUUCUAGGCGAGAAGAAAGCCAGUCAGCUUCUCACUGGUGAACAUACUCGAUCGAUCUCCGUGGCCGCACCCACAAUGGGAGGACUUAUGAAGUUCGCGAAGAAGACCCAGACUUGCCUGGGCUGUAAAAAGCCACUUUCUGGCAAGAGUGAAAUGGCCGGUGCUGUCUGCGAGCAUUGUCGCCCCCGCAUGGGUGAGCUUUAUACGCGCUCGUUGAACAAGGUAUCGGAUCUGGAGGUUCGUUUCGGACGACUGUGGACUCAAUGCCAGCGCUGUCAGGGUAGUUUGCACUGCGAGGUGAUUUGCUCAUCCCGGGACUGCCCUAUUUUCUACAUGCGCAUGAAGGCCAAAAAGGACGUGGAAGAUGCGCAGAAAGAAGUUUCUCGGUUUGAUUUUGACGCGGCUGCUUGGUGAGAUUGAUGUCUUGGGAGACUGUAGAACCAUACCACUAUUUGAAUUUUCUGCUGGGGAAUCUGCUUGAACGGCGCAUUUGGAAUGUAGCAAUGGGCUGGUCCGGGAUAUACUGUUUUACGAUCUCAUUUAUCUAGAUAUGUG